AAGCGCCGCCUCGAGGGUCUCGCGCGCCGGAGGCUCUCCGCCGCGGUCGACGCCCAGGACCACCCCGCCGUGCUGCGCCUCGUGCGCCUCUUCCCCCUCCUCGACCUCGCGCCCGAGGGCCUCCAGGUCUACGUCGCCUACCUCAAGAAGGUGGUCGCCCUCCGCGCCCGCGCAGACUUCGAGCACCUCACCGACCUAAUCUCUGCAACCCAGCCUACCUCGGAGCGCCCUGAUUUCGUUGGCUGCCUCACCCGUCUCUUCAAGGAUAUUGUGCUCGCUGUUGAGGAGAAUGACGCGGUGCUUCGUGAGCUACGGGGUGAGGAUGGUGUUGCCUAUGCCAUCAUCGAGCUGCAGGAGGAAUGCGACUCGAGGGGCACCCAGAUCCUUCGUCGCUAUGCUGAUUACCGAAAGCUUGCCCGUCUUUCAUCAGAUAUAAACUCCUAUACCAAGAAUCUUCUCUCGGUCAUGGGUUCUGUCACCAAUGCCGCAGGUGGUAGUGAAGGGCCUGACCCCAGGGAGGUUGAGAUUUAUCUAGAGGAGAUUCUUGCAUUGACACAACUGGGUGAAGACUAUACUGAGUUUAUGGUGAACAAGAUCCGUGGACUGAGGGAUGUCAAGCCUGAACUCGGUCCGCAAGCAAUGAAAGCCUUCCGUAAUGGUAGCUUCAAUAAAAUGGAGAAGGAUUUGACUGGGUAUUAUGUGAUCUUGGAGGAGUUCUUCAUGGUGGAAAACAUAAGGAAGGCCAUCCAGAUUGAUGAGCCAGUGCCUGAUGGUCUCACGACCUCAAUGGUCGACGAUGUGUUCUUUCUACUGCAGAGCUGCUGCCGGCGGGCAGCAUUCACUGCAAGCAUCAACUCGCUACUUGCUGUGCUUGGUGGGGCAACGAGCCUACUAAGCAAUGAGUUCCAGGAGGCACUACAGUGGAGAAUGAGGGAGCCAAACUUGGGCGCAAAGCUCUUCUUAGGUGGUGUUGGAGUUCAGAAGACCGGGGAGGAGAUUACAACUGCGCUGAACAACAUGGAUGUGAGCUCAGAAUAUGUCCUGAAACUCCGCCAUGAGGUCGAGGAGCUCUGUGCAGAGAUUUUCCAUGCUCCUGCUGACCGAGAGAAGAUCAAGUCCUGUUUAUCGGAGCUAGGUGAAAUCAAUGCUUCCUACAAGAAGAUCCUUUAUUCUGGGCUGGAGCACUUAGUGGCAUCUAUUGCGCCUCGCAUUCGUCCUGUCCUUGACACGGUUACCACUGUUAGCUAUGAGCUGGAUGAUGCCGAAUACGGGGAAAAUGAGGUGAACGACCCAUGGGUGCAGAAGCUUCUCCUUGCAGUCGACACUAACGUUACAUGGCUCCAGCCAAUGAUGACAUCGAACAACUACGAUUCCUUUGUGCACCUGGUCAUCGACUUCAUUGUCAAGAGGCUUGAGGUUAUCAUGAUGCAGAAGAGGUUCAGCCAGCUUGGUGGCCUGCAGCUCGACAAGGAGGUUCGCUCCCUGAUCAACCAUUUCUCGGAGAUGUCACAGAGGCCAGUGCGAGACAAGUUCUCGAGGCUUUCCCAGAUGUCGACCAUCCUGAACUUCGAGCGCGUGUCUGAGAUACUGGACUUCUGGGGUGACAAUGCUGGGCAUCUGACAUGGCUGUUGACACCUGCGGAGGUGAGGAGGGUCUUAGGGCUUAGGAUCGACUUCAGGCCCGAAGCGAUUUCUGCUUUGAGACUCUAACCUGUGCAUUUAAAAUACACACUUGUCACACUAUUGUUCAUUUGUAUGUGAUAUAUCAUGAAAUGUUUUCCCUGUUUUUGUCCUCUUGCUAUCGUGGAUAAUCCCACUUUAAUCCUUGUUGAAAUAGUGAUUAUAUAUGUUAGUGAAUUUGUCGCGUUAACUUU